ACUCGCGUUCUCUGCAAAACUGUUACAAACGAUCGUGGCCAGCCUUGUUAGUUCGCAUUAUAUACUUACAAAGAUUAAUACCUGGUGAAACAUGUUUAUAGCGUUUUUUAUAUCGGUAUUUGUAGCUGCACAUGUAGCCGCAGAAAUUCCUUCUUACAUUCAUGUGUGCAACUACAAUGACCCGAAGCUUAUUCAGUGUAUUCUGGACAACGUCGAAAAUUUGAAGCACAAGAUUUGUGAAGGAAUUCCUGAACUGGAUAUCCCAGCGAAUGACCCGAUGAUGAUCGACAAACUUACCCUCGUCGACUCGCACAACACGCAAAUGUUUAUGAGAAACAUUAACAUAACGGGGCUGUGCGAUUACGUUAUCAAGCAAUUUUCCUUCGAUAUCGAUAAGAAUCACUUUGACGUUGAGCUCGUGUUCAACAAGAUCAAAAUGAACGGCACGUAUGACAUCAACUUGCGUAUAUUGGUGCCAAUUAAGCAGGGGGGAGAUGUCUACAUUACUACAGAUAACGUAGAAGCUACGGUUAACAUGGACAUGAAGGUGGUGAAUAAUCGCGGUAAGAGAUAUCUGUAUAUGUCGAAGAUGAAGAUCAACAUCGACAUCAAGGACUACGACGCUACGUACAAUUUGCAAGGAUCAGAAUUGAACCGAUUGCAAGAGAUCAUCGAUAACUUCAUAGGAAACAAUAAGGAAGAGAUCAUUAAAGUCUUUAAACCGGCGUUGGAAAAAACGGUCUCCCAAAUAGUUCUAUCCGUAGCCAACGAUAUAGUUAAGCACUUCACCUAUGAGGAGCUCUUCCCCGGACGUCCAUAAAGUGUUUCUACGGCUCUAAGGAUAUUUGCAGUAAGAUUGCGUAUUUAAGAUAGUCUCUCGAUUUUAUUUAUGUAGACCACGCGUGUGUAUUUAAGCAAGUGAGACUGUUUUAUUUUGCAAUAAACAACUGUAAAUAUCUUUUAAAUAAUUCCGUGAUUAAGAUUAAUUUUCACGAUCAAACAAUGAAUGUAAAACGAUACAUAUAUAUAAGAUCUCUAUUAUUAUUUAAAAUAAUACAUAUGUAUAUGUAUAAAUUUUGUUUAUUGUAAACGGUACGUUAAUUGUUUAGUAUAGAUUUGUAUAUUUUAUUAUUAAAACAUAUAUAUUUAGUAAAAUUAAUGCGACGCAAAUGUAUGUAAAAAAUUGCAAUGUGUUACGUAACAAGUUCAAAACUUCUUUUUUAAUAAGUACGCAGAUUUUAAUAAAUUAGGAUUCCAGUAGUUUUAUACUUUAAUUCGAUCGUUAAGAGAAUACUGGAUGCCAACUAUAGAGACGUGUAAAUCGACGUUAUUUUUAGAAACCUAAAUUUUUGUAAUUUCUAUUUUUUUACUGCAUUACGUGAAAAGACUUUCUUUUUACAAAAGCAAAUAAAUAUAAAAC